UGGGAGAGUGAUGGUCAUUUAUAGCAACCUCCUCCAUUUUCAAGUGAAAUUUGAAAAAAAAAACUUAAACAAUGUGAAAGGAUAAAGUGAAAGUGAUGAUAACCUUCUUUUUGCAUCGUUCUUUUGCAGUAUGGGUUAGCGGAGGACAUGUCAAAAAUAGGGGGAGUUGUUAAUACUAAAGAGAUUUCUCCUAAUAAGUUGUACAACCAGGCUGCGAUUUACAUUGGAACUUUGAUUUGAUGAGAAACAAUGAACUUUCAGCGUUUUAAGAAGGGACUGAGUUACGUUAUAAAGGAAAUUUCACCUCAUCCUCUUAGAUUUGUAAGUUCAUGCAAUUUAAGAAGCAAACAUGUAGUUGAUAUGAAGCCUUAUUGCUCCGAGUUUUACUAUCCUGAAACAUUAAGGAAGACAUAUGAAGAAGAAUCGAUGUUUUCAAUGUCCGAUAAGAAGGACUGGAUUAUGCCACAAGAAGUUAUGGAUGAAGUUGUGUUACCACCAAAAUACAAAUGUUUACCUAAAAGGCCAAAGAAAACCAGGCAAAAGAAAUCAAGUGAAACAAUGACAUCGAGCAGUAAUUAUUGCGGGAGAUGUGGUUAUGAAGGUCACAACAGGCGUACUUGCAACUUCUUUCCAAAGGACGAGUGACAAUGUAGUUGACUGAUGAAUAGUGAUGAAU